AUGAGUAGUGACAGGGAUUCUCAGUCAGACUUUUUUUCUGAUGAAGAGUCUGAUGAGGAGCAUAAAGUAUAUUUGAAAUCCAAGGGGAAAAAUUUGUAUAUGUACGCAACAAGUACUGAAGAACAAGACUCAAACUUUGAAGAUGAGGAUGAUGAUGAGGAGGAGGAAGCUGAAAAGGGUUUCAACAACAAUGCGGGGGGCAAUGACAACGGCAACAAAGAUGAAACUAAUAGGGAAAAGAAUACGCUGAACACACAGCUGGACGAGAUACAGCAUGAUCAAGAAGAUGACAACAACAACAAUAAAGUUACCACCACCACAAUCAAUAAGAAGCUAAAAAAACUCACUCCCAAAGAAUUAGAAAAAGAGCAAAAACGAAUCAAAAAGACUGGCGUUUGUUAUCUAUCGAAAAUCCCACCCUACAUGAAACCUUCCAAAUUACGAUCAGUUUUAUCGCGAUUUGGUUCCAUUGACCGUAUUUUUCUCAAACCAGAAGAUGCUUCAAUAUACCAUAAACGAGUCAAAUAUGGAGGCAACAAAAAGAAAAGAUUUACUGAAGGGUGGGUGGAAUUCGUGAACAAGAAGGAUGCUAAAUUGUGUGCUCAAACUUUGAAUGGAAAUAAAUUGGGUGGUAAAAAGACUUCAUAUUAUUAUGAUGAUAUCAUAAAUAUCAAAUACUUGAAAAGUUUCAAAUGGAUGGAUUUGACACAACAAAUUGCCAAGGAGAAUGAAAUUAGACAAGCUAAAUUGGCAUUGGAUUUAUCACAACAACAGAAAUUCAACAAGGCAUUUGUCCAUAACGUUGAACAACAGAAGAUGAUUCAAGGUAUCAAGAGAAAGAGGGACGCAAAGGACAAUGGAAAGGAAUAUGACGAAAGUGGAGAAGCAUCUAUCACUGCUAGUUCUUCUGCCAAAGCUUCUAACGAAGAUAAAUUGAGGAGACAGUUCAAACAACGGAAAGUGACAAGUACAAGAAGUGAUGCUUCAAAUGAGCUAAAACAAAAGUCAACGCCCAAUGAUAAAUUGAGCAAUGUUUUAUCAAAAGUUCUUUAA